AUGUCGGGAAUUGGUGCUACUAUGCUACCUGGUGGGAGGACAGCACACUCAAAGUUUCAGAUUCCGUUGACACCGACAUCAACUUCAACGUGUUGUACGAAGAAGCAAACUAAAGAAGAUAAACUUUUGAGGCAUGCUACCGUCCUUAUGUGGGAUGAAGCUACAAUGGCGCAUCGCUACUCUUUGGAAGCAUUUGAUCGGAGGAUGAGAGAUAUCACAGGGAUUGCUGAACCAUUUGGUGGAAAGAUUUUAAUCAUGGGAGAUAAAAAAAAAUUGUUUUAUAUUGAUAUGCGAUACUUAAUGUUUCUUAAACUCUGGUCACGUUUGUGGGAAAAUGUACAUGUUUUGCAUCUGAAGAAGAAUAUGUGUGCAGCCGAUGAUGCAUCUUAUUCUGAGUUUUUGGUUCGUGUUAGUGAUGGGGAUGAACCUUGCGUUGCUAAUGAGAUGAUAAAGGUUCCGGAAGAGAUGGUAAUUCCAUGGGUUAGUAAUGCUUCUUUGUCUCAGCUUAUAGAUGUGACAUUUCUAAACUUGGUGGAAAAUGCCAGAGAUACAGACUACAUGGUCAAUAGGGCAUUGAUCACACCAUUGAACGAGUACGUCGAGAAGCUUAAUGACCGAGUACUUAGCAUCUUUCCUGGAAAAGAGGUUCUAUUCUACUCAUUUGAUUCUGUGGACGACGAUACUCACGGUCUUUACCAACAAGAAUACUUGAAAAACAUUGCCCCUAGGGGUUUUCCAUCAUACAUUUUGAAGUUGAAGAUCGGUACGCCUGUUGAUGCAAAAAAUGGUUUAUGUAAUGGUACCAGGUUAAUAAUCAAAGAGUUCUUCCCAAACUGUAUUGAUGCUGUAAUUAUUAGUGGGAAUUACAUAGGCACACGAGUUUUUAUUCACAAGAUGCCACUGGAGCCACCUGAGAAUCUGAAGCUCCCAUACAAGUUUAAACAUAAACAGUUUCCGAUCUGUUUGUGUUUCGCCUUUACAAUCAACAAGGCGCAGGGGAAAACGAUCGAAAACACAGGUAUUUUUUUUCCUGAGCAUGUGUUCAUCCACAGUCAACUGUAUGUUGCUCUCUCGAGAGGAGUAUCAAGUAGCAACACGAAAGUAUUAUUGUAA